CCUGUUUGGACCAGAGUCACGGUGGUUUCAUAUAUAUGUAUACUAGCUGCUGCCAAACGGAUGCAUUAGAUUUUUUUCUGCACCUAUCGAACUUAUUAAAAUCAGGCAGCAAAACAUGUUGGAAAGCGGACUGGGAAGCAUCUCAGUCAGCAAACUUAUAUAUACUAUUCAUCGAGAACAUGGUCUCAAGGGAUUAUUUCGUGGUCUCACAGCUACGGCCCUUCGCGAUGUCGGAUAUGGUGCAUACUUCUUGGGGUACGAGGCCACAAGUAGAUACCUCACUGCUCCUUCUCUUAGACUUAAUGAUUCCACCUCGCUGUCAGACUCAAGCCAAGGAUCCAUACCCCUUUGGGUGUUAUUUGUCAGCGGAGGGGUGGCAGGCGUGCUUGGUUGGCUUCCGACAUUUCCGAUGGACGUUGUAAAGACGCGGAUGCAGAGUACCGAGAUUGUAGAAGCUCGAAACAUAAUGCGGUCGAAAGUGACUACAGGCGAUCAUGAUAACCCAUAUCGCACAAUCAUAUCGACAAUCCAGCACUCAUAUCGCACAGGUGGGGCUGCAGGCUUUUUUCGCGGGUUGAGCCCGACUAUGCUGCGGGCGAUUCCAGUCAACAUGGCUACAUUUGCAGUAUACGAAACUGUUGCAGGCAUACUUUCGCCAUGACGAAAUAUGGGCCGCAUGUCAGGCAAACUGCAUAGUCAAUACUUUGGCAAUGAUACCUUAAAUGCGUGUUAAUAAUAUACAUUGGCAGAUUUCUAAUUGAUCUAAAAAUGUAGAAUUGUGGAUUGUGACCUGGACUGUGCUGUUGACUGCACUCAUAUCUUGUGUGCAUUGUUCGUUGGCGUAAGGUAGGUGUGUACAUGGUGGUAGCGAAUUCUCACAACUGGUCUGCCUCACGUCUCAGGCCAUAUUCCUGUACAAAAAUCCUGAUUGCCGUCUUCGUCAGUUUAUCGGCAGCUUCAAUAUGUCAUGCGAGCAACUGCAUGAGAAACUAAUUCAUGGAGGUGUCGCAGAGAAGGAAUCCAAGCCGCUUCUGUACGAUCCAUUUCGGGCCAAG